GCCUCUUACACCGGACCACUCAGUAGCAGUUCAGCCAGCAAAGCUCCAGGUGAUUGAAAGAAAGGAGGAAAGCUUGAGUUUUAAAAGGAAUAUUUCCAACCUCUUCUUCGGGUGUUAAAGUUGAGGAAAUGCGACUUUUAGACAAACUACGUGACUCCACAGGGAUGAGCACGGCCCUGGAACCCGAGAAGGCAGCGGUGGAUCUAGGGUCCAAGCGCCCGGCAGUCUCCCCGUUUUGCAACGUGCUCACUCCGGGGCGCAUCCCGGCUUUCUGUAUCCCACCUCGGCUACCCUCCCACAAUGUCCCAGCUUUCCAGCCUCUUGGCAGCUCUACCUCCCCUCCUCGACGUUGCGCUGUGGAAACUGACAUGUGGCCUCACAGUCGGCAUUCAAGUGGCAGCACUGGGGAGGAGGAGCUGCGGUCAGAAUGGAUUAGAGCCAGGGAGGACCCAGACCUUACCGACUGGGAUCCGCGCUCUCAGGCUGCGCUUUCGCUGCCGCACCUGCCCCGCCAGCCCACCUCGUACGGCUUCUGCGCUUUGCUCGAGAGCCCCAAUACCCGCCGCAAAGAGUCACUUUUCCUUGGGGGCUCUGCAGCCGCUGCCGCCCUUCUCCUGCAGCCCCCAUCCCAGUCACUUUUGAGGCCUCGGGCUCACACUUACUGCGGCAGCGGCGGUGCCAACGCUUCGUGCAACCUAAGAGGGCGGCUGGUCGCCCCAGACCGCCAGGCCAUUGGCUGCUCUUCCUCCUCCUCUGCCAGCUCAUCUCCCUGCAGUUCCCCACGGCCCCAGGACGCUCCCGCCAAGCGGUCACGGAGCCGUCAGCGUUACCGGCGCCUCCUCCGGGCCCCAGAUGCCUUGGGCCGGGCGCUGCGAGCCAGUGGGAGCCGCGUUCUGGCCCGAGCUCGCUCGGUCUCCAGCGCUGAAGAUGACGACGAGGACUAUGAGGCAGUUGGGGACGCACGCCACAUCUCCCUGACAGCCACCUGCCAAACUGGCUCCGCCCCGGCACGAGCUCCAUCCCCAUCCAGGUCCCAGUCCCCUUCCCCUUUGGGUCCACUGCAGGAGCGCCUGGAGGUCGAGAGCAUAGUGGCCUUGGGCUGUGACGGCGGUGCCCUGCACUUGGCCACCGAGUACUGUCCAGUGUCCCGGCGGCUGCGCAUCCGCCUGCUCAGCGCCCAGGGCCUCUACAGCGGCACCACAGAGCCGAGGGCCAUAGGCUGCAGAGUCAGCUUCACCUUGGUGCUGCAGGGGAAGACGCACAAGCAGCGCAGCGCCGUGGUCCGAAGGAGCCGAAAUCCAGUCUUUAACGAGGACUUCUUCUUCGAAGGACUGUCGGAGAACGACCUGCGCUGCACAGCUGUGAGGGUCAAGGCCGAGAACAAAGGACGGGGCCUGGAGCGGGACCGUUUGUUGGGUCGGGGAGAGCUGGAGCUGAGGUCCAUACUACUCUGACCAAGUGGUCCAGCCUCAUGCCUUCCUUCCUGGUGCUUUCUGUUAUCCCGAGGGAAACCCGG